AUCGUGAGCUUAAAUUUAAACGAUCUUUGGAGAGAAUAUUUUCUGCGUCAGUUUGUGUAUCAAUCUGUUUAUCGGCGUACUAGCGAUAAAUUCAUUCAAGACCGCGCAUUUGAAUGUACCAUCCAUCUCCACUAAGACCAAGUCCACAAUGGAUAUCUGUGUAGCCACCCAGAGCCAAAGCAGAGCCCUUACAGAUGUUAGUAUAUGUAGCUAGCAGUUGUACUUUCAGAUUCAUUUGACCACAGGUAGAGAGAGAACGGGGUGUAGAUUUUUAGUUGUUGUCUCCCUUAUUUAAAAGGGGAAAUACUUAUUUUUAUUUAUUUAUUUAAAAAGAAAUACCUCAUUAAUACCCAUUGCUUGGAUUGUAUUUCAAAUCUUAAAGUGAAAACAAAAGAGUUACACUAAAGUAACAGCGAUGGAAUCCACCACACUAGCAUCCCUAGCAACUGUUACCAUGCUAACGGUGGCCACACAGACAGACAUGUCUGAAUCCCUCUGGCUGCUCGUGCUGGGCUUCAUCAUCGCUUUUAUCCUGGCGUUUUCUGUGGGCGCCAAUGAUGUAGCCAACUCAUUCGGUACAGCGGUGGGCUCUGGGGUGGUGACCCUGCGUCAGGCAUGCGUCUUGGCCACCAUCUUUGAGACAGUGGGUGCCAUGCUUUUGGGGGCCAAGGUCAGUGAGACCAUCCGGUCAGGCAUCAUCGAUGUUCAGAUGUACAACGGGUCAGAGGCUGUGCUGAUGGCUGGAUCCAUCAGCGCUAUGUUUGGAUCUGCAGUUUGGCAGCUCACAGCUUCCUUCUUGAAACUCCCCAUCUCUGGAACACAUUGCAUUGUAGGCGCCACAAUCGGCUUUUCCAUGGUCGCUAGGGGUCAUCAGGGGGUCAAAUGGCUGGAGUUGCUUCGUAUUGUUGCCUCUUGGUUUCUCUCUCCUCUUCUUUCCGGCAUCAUGUCUGCCAUUCUGUUCUACUUUGUGCGCAAGUUCAUCUUGAGUAAGGAGGAUCCAGGUCCCAAUGGUUUAAAAGCAUUACCAGUAUUCUAUGCUGUUACUAUGGGAAUCAAUUUGUUCUCCAUCAUGUUUACUGGAGCACCAAUGUUGGGAUUCGACAGUGUACCGUGGUGGGGAACUUUACUCAUCUCACUGGGUUGUGCUCUGCUAACUGCUUUGGUGGUCUGGUUCAUUGUGUGUCCACAGUUGAAAAAGAAGAUGAAAACUCAGAGUUUGGCCGACACUAGUGGAACAGCAUUGGUUGAAAAGAAACCAGUCUCUAAUGGUGUACUCCACCAUCCCACCCCAGUCCGAAGCUACUCUCCUGCUCCACAGACACCACCUGCUGACAGCAACAAGGUGGCCUUUGACAUCGGCGGUUCGGCUGAAACUGAUCUGGACAGCAAAGAGUUUGACACCAAAGACCUGGAUUGCAACCAUGUUUUAUAUGGCAAUGCGGGAAUGCCCAUACCAGACCUGUCUGGAAACCAGUUUCACACUGUACACAAGGACUCUGGAAUCUACAAGGAUCUACUGCACAAACUUCACUUGGCAAAGGUCGGUGAAUGUAUGGGAGAGACCGGAGAAAAGCCCAUUCGCCGUAACAACAGUUAUACUUCUUACACCAUGGCCAUUUACGGAAUACACGGGUCCCUAAAAGAGGGCGAAGGAAGCCGGAUUGGACUGGACGGGGAGAAAAGGCGUACACGGUACGACAGUUAUAACAGUUACUGUACCGCUGUGGCUGAUGGAGAAGUUGGUGUGAGUGAUGGAGCACUAGCAGUGGAGGUAGGAGAUGCAGAGGGCAGAACAGACUCGCUGGAAGACGACAUAGAUGAGCUCGAGAUAGACAAACCAGAGGUGGCCACGCUCUUCCAGUUCCUGCAGAUUUUAACCGCCUGCUUUGGAUCAUUUGCUCAUGGUGGAAAUGACGUCAGUAAUGCAAUUGGCCCUCUAGUUGCUCUCUGGCUCAUUUAUGAAAAUGCUUCUGUAGCAUCCAAUGCUCCCACACCAGUUUGGUUGCUCCUUUAUGGUGGAGUGGGUAUCUGCACAGGUCUUUGGAUUUGGGGUCGUAGGGUCAUACAAACCAUGGGCAAAGAUCUGACACCCAUCACUCCCUCCAGUGGGUUUAGCAUUGAGCUCGCCUCUGCCAUAACUGUAGUUGUAGCUUCCAACAUUGGACUACCUGUCAGCACCACUCAUUGCAAGGUUGGAUCAGUGGUGUCUGUUGGUUGGCUUCGCUCUAGGAAGGCAGUUGACUGGCAUUUGUUCCGGAAUAUUUUUAUUGCGUGGUUUGUGACUGUGCCAAUUUCUGGUCUCUUAAGUGCUGCUAUAAUGGCACUCUUUUACUUUGUUAUACUGCCUUUGACCUAAAUAUUGAUGUUAAACCUUACUCUUCAUGUAAAUACUUUUAUUUUUUGUGCCAAAUUGGGCCUUAAGGUAAAAGUUUUAUUUUUAUGUAAUGUCCCUUUAUCCAGUUCCAUCAUGUGUACUGUAUAAUAAAUUUAAGCCCAGACUGUGUCCUUUGGCACAGCACACUUGUUUUUUUCAAGUGAUUACACAAAAAGUGAUUUUUUUGUGCAUUUGUUUUGAGUUGCUUAAUAAGCAAAUAUAUCUGGGGGUAAAAUCUUUGAGACAUUUAAUAUGAGAAUGUUUAUAUAAUAUUUUGGGGGGCCUCAAUUUUAUUUUUUUAAGAAAGAAAAAUGUUGUUUAGGUUAGACUAUUUUUUGUUUCAACUUUUGACAUUUUGAAGACUAUGAAAAUUAUUUCUACAAUUGAUACUUUAUAUUCAAUGUUUUAUUUAUAAAAAAUAUGCAUGCAUGACAUAAAAUAAACAAUGUUUGGUCUGACAUCU